UUGCAGGGUAUGAUUUCCACCAAACAUUCAGUCCCGUACUGAAGCAUGCUACCUUACGAUUGAUUUUGGGACUUGCCGUCUCUCAUUCUUGGCCACUCCAUCAGCUCGACAUCUCCAACGCAUUCUUAAAUGGUACACUACAGGAGGAUGUCUAUAUGUAGCAGCCUGCAGGUUUUGUGAACCCCGACUUUCCUGAUUAUGUGUGCCGUCUCAAGAAAUCGAUUUACGGUCUCCGGCAAUCACCUCGAGCUUGGUUUCAGUGCUUAACCGAGGCUCUCUGUGAAUUUGGUUUCACUGCAUCAAAGACGGACCCGUCCUUAUUCAUCUACAACAGGGGUUCUGAUCACCUUUACACGUUGGUAUAUGUGGAUGAUUUAGUUCUUACAGGUACAAAUGCAGCCCUUAUACAGCAGCUCAUGGAAUUCCUCCGUUUGAAGUUUGCCUUGCGGGAUUUGGGACAAUUGUCAUAUUUUCUCGGGCUAGAAGUACACCAUACAGCAGAUGGUCUGAUUCUCAAUCAACGAAAAUAUAUUCUUGAGCUUCUCAAGCGUUCUGGAAUGUCCACAGCCAAUGCCAUAUCCACCCCCUGUACAGCUAAUCAACUCUUGCAAAGUGCCUCUGAUCUAUCACCUGCUUUUGCUGAUCCGGGUCUCUAUAGGAGCAUUGUUGGCGGCCUCCAAUACUUAAGCUUCACACGGCCUGAUCUUUCUUUUGCAGUAAAUCAUGUGUCCCAGUUUCAACAAUCUCCGACUGACGCACACUGGGCAGCAGUCAAACGUAUUAUGCGCUACUUACAGGGGACCCUGACACAGGGUUUGGUUUUUCAGCGUUCAGCUCGUCCUCAACUGCACGGCUAUUCUGAUGCCUCGUUUGCCUCUUCCCCUCGAGAUAGGAAGUCAAUCUCGGGUUAUGCUGUCUUCUAUGGUUCGAAUUUGGUUUCAUGGUCAACUCGCAAACAAAAAGCAGUUGCGCGGUCGUCUACAGAGUGUGAAUACCGAGCUCUUGCGACGUUGGCAUCAGAAGUUAUCUGGUUACAAUCUCUACUAGCCGAGCUUGGGCAACCUACUCAUACAUCUCCGGUUCUCUGGUGUGAUAAUUUAGGAGCCACAUAUCUCGCUCACAACCCAGUUUUUCACACCCGGUCCAAGCAUCUGGAGAUAGAAUUCCAUUUUGUUCGUGAUCGUGUGAACAAACAGCAACUACAUGUCCGCUAUCUACCUGCUACAGACCAACUAGCUGAUGUUCUUACAAAGCCACUCGCACGGCUACCCUUUCGGAAUUUCUGUUCCAAGUUUCACCUCUCCGAGGUUCAACUUGCCGGGGCGUGAUAAGGGAGAGCCAAUCUCGGAGUAACUCAACAGCUCUCCAACAGCUCUUUCCACUUUGUUGUUUCUGUUCCUUACUUCUAGUAGACAGUUGCUGGUGUACGUAGGAAUAGCAAACUCUGUUUUCAACACUGCUGUAUAUAUAUCACUACUUAUCAAUGAGAAUAUACAGGAUACACAGUACACUUUCAGGGGAUAAGAUCUAGUCCCUAGUCACUUGUCUAAGUCAAUGUCAGCCGUUACAGCUUAUUAAAAUCUAAUGAUUCUAAUUAAUUUAAUUUAACGAA